AUGAAGCGAUCCACUUCCUCCGAAGGGUUACAAGAGUUUACACCAAUAAGAGAUACGAUUUUGCAAUCAGAGGUGAAAUACUAUUCAUUCAGUGUUAACACGUCAACGGGGUUAGGUGAAUAUUAUGAGCUAUUAAUUUUUCUCACUGGUAAUAUCUGUUCCCAGCCGAGUAAUAUACUCAGUAAUGAAACUAGUCUUGCUGUGUAUUAUUCCUUCAAUUCAACAAUGUUUGCAAAUAAUGAGGUUGGAAAGAUGGAAUUGUUUGAAAAUGGAUAUUUUCAAGCUCUUGCUGAUUUGCCUAUUCCUGCCACUUCCACCACCACCACCACUUCCGCCUCUUCCACCACUUCCGCCUCUUCGGUGGAUGAGGAAAUCUUGUACAUUGCAGUGAGAGCACCGCAGAAUAUUAACAUUACUGCCUCAUGGACUUAUCAAAUUGGAGUAUCGCAAAACGAUUUAGUCUUUCAGUGGGAUGAUCGGUCUUUUGGGUCCGUUGUUGAUACAGACGAUAAUCUGGCACUCAUAGUCACUGGCAACUUAACUACGUACACCAAAGAUUGGGAUUCGCUAAACGUAUCAAAUGCAAAAUAUUUCUUAUACUUGUAUCCUUAUGAAAUGAAGGAUUAUUUUGCCAAGAUGAAUAAUAGCUGGUGUGCAGUAAGGAAUGGGCCAGCGUUGAUGGGACCCUGGAAUAUAGAAAAUUCAUAUACUACAAGAAACGGAGGUAUUCAGCAACAGUUUAUGAUUGAAAACUUGAACCAACUGACGAGGUACAUUGCUUAUAUACUAGCGGAUUUUAGCGGUAAGGAUUUCGGUGGGGCAUUGUAUCGUCCUUUUGAAUUUGAAACUAUGAGCGACUCUGCAUGCGAAUUGAUUUACGACUUGGAGUUUUGCAAUAGAGUUGCUUAUAGUGUUCCCGCAAUAGGAAACGAAACUUUUGCUGGUGACAAAAAUGCAACAAAGAUGGUAUACGACAAUAAUGUUAAACAAUUGUACCAGAAUUUCUCAAAAGCUUUGCAACAGAUCCCAUGUGAUACAUCACCGGAUGCAGUUUUUUCGAAUUUGAAAAAUUGUCAAGAUUGUGCAGAAAGUUACAAGGAUUGGUUAUGUGCUGUGUCGAUUCCUAGAUGCAAUACAAAAAAUUCAUCGGCGGGGUAUAUUUUGAGAAACCUGACAAAUCAAAGGAACGAUUUUAUGCAAAAUGUGAUUCGACCAACUCAGGACUACUAUGAAGUACUACCCUGCGUUAACGUGUGCCAGGCAAUAGUAAGAGAUUGUCCUGCUGAUUUCGGGUUUAUGUGUCCUACAAAAAAUGAGAGUAUUUCCUUGAGCUACUAUUGGGACUUGAACAGCAGCAGCAGCAGCCAAUGGCCAACCUGUAACUACGUGGGUAAAAUGGCGCUACAUACAAGUAAAGCGGUAGAAGUGCUAGCAAAUUGGGCAUUAUUGGCAGUCGUAGUCUUGAUUCAAUUGGUAUAG